AAGCCCCGCUGGCGCAUGCGCACCGGGUUGCGAUGUCGUGACAGGAAGGGGCCGGCCUCGCAAGGCCCCCCCUUGUCAUUGGCAGCCAGGGCGAAGGCGCCGGGGCGAUGUCGUGCUGCGGGAGCGGCGCCGUGGGCGCGCGAGGCCUCGGCCGCCUCCUUCUGCUCCAAAAAUGGGGUACGACAUUGUUCCUAUUUGGCCACACGAAAGAAUCUCUACAUCACUAAAGACACAAAGGUCGUUUGUCAGGGUUUUACCGGCAAACAGGGUACCUUUCACAGUCAACAGGCGUUGGAAUAUGGCACCAAUCUAGUAGGAGGGAUUUCUCCUGGCAAAGGGGGCAAAACUCACUUGGGGCUUCCGGUCUUUAACUCCGUGAGGGAGGCUAAAGAGAAAACGGGUGCUUCUGCCUCUGCAAUAUAUGUGCCGCCACCAUUUGCCGCCGCCGCCAUCAAUGAAGCCAUUGACGCAGAAAUCCCCCUUGUUGUGUGCAUUACAGAAGGUAUUCCCCAGCAGGACAUGGUGCGUGUCAAACACAGAUUGCUUCGUCAGGACAAGACUCGGCUCGUUGGCCCAAAUUGCCCAGGAGUGAUCAACCCUGGAGAAUGUAAAAUUGGUAUCAUGCCUGGCCACAUUCACAAGAAAGGAAGAAUUGGUAUUGUGUCGAGAUCUGGCACUCUGACAUACGAAGCUGUUCAUCAGACAACUCAAGUUGGACUGGGACAAUCCUUCUGUGUUGGCAUCGGAGGAGACCCAUUCAAUGGAACAAAUUUUAUUGACUGCCUGGAUGUCUUCCUGAAGGAUCCGCACACCGAAGGAAUUAUACUGAUAGGCGAGAUUGGCGGAAACGCAGAAGAAGAUGCCGCUCAGUUCCUUAGGGAAAACAAUUCUGGUCCAGACGCCAAGCCAGUUGUCUCGUUUAUAGCUGGAGUCACCGCGCCUCCAGGCAGAAGGAUGGGCCACGCGGGGGCUAUCAUUGCCGGUGGGAAAGGUGGAGCGAAAGAGAAAAUCGCUGCCCUACAGAAUGCUGGCGUCGUCGUCAGUAUGUCUCCUGCUCAGCUGGGCUCUACUAUAUACAAGGAGUUUGAAAAGAGGAAAAUGCUGUGAGAGGAGGAGGAGGAGGGGAUCCGUCCGAACAUGCCACUGCAGAAAUACCACCUCCCUCUGUGCUGCUCACCUGCUGAUUUUUCUUUUCUCGAGUAUAAUUGACAAUGGUCUUCUGAAUUCAGCUUUAAAGCCAUCAGGUUUCAUUUCAGUGGCUCCUUUGUCCAGACAUAAUUGUACAUCAUAGCAAACGAAUAAAUCUACCACUAAACUUGAUUAUUUGAAA